AUGAGCCAGGAACAACCCCGGAGGCCCCAGGGUGGUGCGGACCCCAUCAAGUACGGCGACGUGUUCGAUGUCUCCGGCAAGCUCCAGGCGGAGCCGAUCAUGCCGCAGGACACGGCCACCAUGCAGGCUGCCGAGAACAUGGUGCUGGGCCAGACCCGGAAGGGUGGCAUCACGGCUGUCAUGCAGUCGGCCGCGGAGGUGAACGUGCAGACCGGAGCGGUGAAGCCCGGCCAGGUGAGCCACGUCGUGAGGGACCAGGGCAUGACCAUCUCGCAGGCGAACAUCGGCGGCAGGCGAGUUGUUAGCGAAGCAGUCGGUGGCCAGGUUGUGGGUGGAUACGUCCAACCAGCCGUGGACACCGGAAAACCGGGAGGAGCUCUCAACCGCGACGCCAUAACAAUCGGCGAAGCGCUGGAGGCAUCCGCUCUCUCUGCAGGAGACAAGCCAAUGGAGCACAGCGACGCGGCCGCAAUACAAGCGGCCGAGGUAAGAGCCACCGGCAACAACGAGACCGUGCCUGGAGGAAUUGCAUCUCUGGCUCAGGCCGCCGGGACGCGCAACACCAGGACUGCGGCUGAUGAAGACAAGACCAAGCUCGCUGAUGUUUUGAUGGUAGUUAGGACGUUUCUGCCCGGGGACAAGGCGGUGACGCGGGAGGACGCCGACAGGAUGAUCGUGGCCGAGAUGAGGAACAAAAUCGAGGUGACGACCACUUCCGGCGGCGUGGCAGAGUCCAUGGCGGUGGCUGCCAGGCUCAACCAGCACAAGUGAUCGACUGAUGGGCCAAAAAGGAACAAUGCGGUCGCGAGCUUUGUAAAUAGGAGGAGCAGAUGCUUUUGAAGAGAGUGGCAGUCUUGUGUUUCAGCACCUAAAGUAUGCCAUAGGUGUUUGCACUUUGUGUUGGAAUAAACGGCGAGGCUUUUUCAGUUUGAAGCUGACCGGGAUUUGCCAUG